AUGAAUUAUUUUGCUGAUUUUAACACUUAGUUAGAAUUUGAUGAAUCCACAUUGGUUUGGGAUUACUCAAAAUUUCCUCCAAAAAAAAUAUAAGUCCAGAUCAACUUGACUAAAAAUAACAAAAUAAAUUAUAUUAGAGAUGGAGCAACUUUACGAAUGUAAUAUUGUUGAAAUCUAAUAAUUUUAAUAGUGAUUAAGUAAAAGACUCAACAAAUAAAUAUUAAAUAUUUCAGAAUUUUGAAUAAAUUGAAUUUUUUAAUCGUUAGGAAACUUUGGAGAAAAUAAUUAAAAAAUAGGAAGAUGGACAGCCACUUGGAAAGAGGAAAAUUUAAAAACUGUAGGUGGUCAGUAUAGUCAAAAAUCAAAUUAAAAUUCUAAGAUAUUAUACUCUGAAGACGGAAAAAAAUAAGGCUUAUGAAAGGAAAUAAUAAAAAACUUUUUUAAGUAACUCAAAAUUUAUUAUUAAUAGUCAUGCUAAGGUAUAUGAAGUGGGAAAGUAUAUGAAUGGCUUUA